AUGUCACGCCCCUUCACUAGAACUUUGACCUUCCAGUCCAACGACCUCGGCAAGGAGGCGACGAUCAUGCUCGCUUUGAUUAAUGGCGAUCUGCAAGGCCUCUAUGAGGACUUCUUCCCCAUAGUAUGGAAGGUCAGCACAUUUGGAAAGACGGGUGCAUACAGGGCCCAAGCGACCUACACGAACCAGCUUGCUUUCUCCAAAGCUCAGGUCGUGAAUGGGAACGUCAUCAGCGCCGGAACCUGUGUCAAGAUCAAUGACGGAGAGAAAACAACCCUGACCCGGACCAACGAUGUCUAUCACUUCUCUUCCGCUCAGGCGGGAACGUCUGGUGUCCUGCAGGCCGUGAACAAAACUGGCGCGGUUCAAGAUCUCGCAGUCGGCUUUCUGAACAAAGGAGACUUGAUGCCCACUCCCGCACUCUACUUCAACGAAGUUGGAGAUGAGAGUAGUGUGAAGGCACAGUUCACUCCGAUCCUGCGUGUCUACGUCACGUCGGACUAUCAAGAGACCGCAAUCUUACGAGGUGCCAUUGACACUCCCGCGAUCUGGAUGCAGGACCUCGCUGCGCUUUCCGAGAAUACGACUUGGAACCUCAAGCGCGACGCGGCCACUGGACAUUACACAAUUGUCCAAGCUUGA